AUGUCCUACGUUUGGCUCAUCACCGGCGCAAACCGCGGCAUCGGCUUUGAGCUGACUCGCCAGUUGUUGGCCUCAUCCACCGUGUCAAACACAGUGAUCGCCGCCUGCCGGACCCCCGAUAAAGCGACCGACCUGCAUGCGCUCAAGAGCAAAGUAGGCGAUCGUCUGCACAUCGUCCCGCUCGAUGUCAGCAGCGAGAUCUCCAUCCGUGCAUCCGUCGGCGCUGUCGAUGCCGUCCUCGCAGGACGCGGCAUCGACUACAUCUACAAUAACGCUGGGAUUAAUCCAAGCGACGACUCCCCCUUCGACCUCUCGUAUACCGAGUUCCUCGAGGUACUACAGACAAACGUCGCUGCGCCAGCACUCAUUGCACAGCUCUACCACACGCACCUCGAGCGCGGCUUCCGCAAAGUGAUUGUAAACAUGACCAGCGGCCUUGCAAGUAUCGGCCUCGACUGCGGCCCGAAGUGCACGUCGUACAGCGUGAGCAAGACCGCGCUGAACAUGCUUACGUAUAAGCAAGCAAAGGCACGCCCCGACUUCACUGCGAUUGUUCUCGAUCCAGGAUGGGUCAAGACUGCCAUGGGUGGUGCGGGUGCGAUUCUCGAGCCCGAGGAGAGCGUAUCAGGCAUCGUUAAGGUGGUCACUGCGCUCACACCCGCAGACUCGGGCAAGUUCUUCCGGUACAACGGUACUCAGCACCCAUGGUAGGAGUGCGGGACACCCGACAUACUGCGUUAUAGUUUGCAUGCUGUCUCACGUAGAAAAUUGAAUCGUCCUGAUAUCAAUGCUGCUUGAGAGGUGUUGUCACCUGAGACAGCAUGUGAAAUCGGACGUCCCC